GGCAGAAGUCUCUCCGGAGGAGUUCAUCAUCGGUAGGGUUUGCAAGGUUGCAGUGGCCUCUUUCCUUCGUCUCUGCCUCCGCAACAGAGUGCAUCAGUGAGAGUUGAAGUCCAGUAACUGAAGAAUGGUUGACUGUAAAGGAAGGGGCAUAUUGGCUCCUAUGGUUUUAAGGAUCACUGACCUUUUAGGGCAACCUUGCCAUGAAACCUAAGUCGAAGAAGUCGAAGAAACAGGAACAUCGCUCGCUUGUAGCAUCUAAUCAGACAGAAUUUGCAUCCUCAAUAACGAAAGUUGCAGUCUCUCAAAUCUGCAAAUCAGUAGGUUUCAAGGCAGCCCAACUCUAUGCACUGGAUAUUCUUACAGAUGUUGCCAUAAGAUACCUCCAAUCGAUCGCUAAAUCUGCUGCAGCAUAUGCAAAUGCUUCAAGUCGCACUCAGUCAAAUAUGUUUGACCUUAUUAAUGCCCUCAAUGACAUCAACUUUGUAUCAGGCUUCCAAGGUGCUGCUUCUCUUCACAGGAACAGUGCAUGUGUGCUUGCGUCUGGUGUCUUGUGUGAUCUCAACAACUUUGUAAAGAACUCACGUGAAAACCCUUUUGCCAAACCUAUUUCCAAAGGAGGUGCGGUUGAUUUGCCUUUACCCAUGAUGCAUUCUAGUGGUAGUACAAACUUCUCGAGCAUUUCUCGGGGCCUGCACAUACCAAGAUGGCUGCCACCCUUUCCUGAUAUGGCUACUUUUGUAGAGAAUCAUGAGAUUUUAGUUAGUCAAAGAAACCGUGGCGAGCAAUUAUGGGAAAGUACGUUAUCAUUGGAAAAACAUGAGUCUAAUGAGUCGAUGUUGGUGAAUAAGACCUCAUCAUUGAGGGGGCUAGAGGAACCGCGUGGGAAGGUGAAGUUCACCGUUGGAAUGGGAAGAAGAGUUGGAAAUGGAAUGGAAGGGGGCUUGAGGAAGGUGAUUUGCGGCGGUGAGAAGAGGGUAUAUUGUAGGAUUAGAAGCAACGAUGAUGAAACUGUUAAAACAGAUGAUGGUGAUGGCAUCAAGAGAAGGAAGACUUAUGAGUUUUAAUCGUUUGUAACGAUGAAAAUUCAUCACAAUUGGCAUGCUAUGCCCCAAUUUUGGCCAUUCUUUUUCUCUGGAAGUUUGAAUACCCUCAGAGAGAUUCUAGAUGUAAAGUGAACGUUGUACUCA